AGAAAACAGAACAUUUCUAGGGUUUUGCUCUGAUCCACCACAUUACCAAAACUUUCUUCAAUUAGGUGAUAAAAAAAAGGAGUCUUUUUUCAUUUUGAGCUUCUGGGUCUUGGCUUCUGCUUUCACUAGUGUAAGGAAGAGAAAAGUCAACGGCCAUGGCGGGUCGUAGAGAUAGAAGCCAACAACUCCGUGGAUCUCGAAUUGCGAUCGCCAUCCUCAUCGGUAUCUUUAUCGGUUGCGUGUGCGCCGUUAUGUUCCCAUACGGCUUCUUCAACUCAAGCUCAUCUCUGAAAGUAAACGAACGCCUUUCGAAAUCAAGUGACCAGGUUGGAUCAUCAGCUUGUGAAUCGCCGGAACGAGUGAAAAUGCUAAAAUCAGACUUUGUAUCUCUCUCAGAGAAGAAUGCAGAGUUAAAGAAGGAAGUCAGAGAGUUAACAGAGAAGCUACGGUUAGCGGAGCAAGGAUCAGACAAUGCAAGAAAACAGGUUUUAGCAUUGGGAAAACAGAUCAAGGCGGGUCCUUUUGGGACUGUCAAGAGUCUGAGAACUAAUCCAACUAUCCUUUCCGAUGAAUCUAUAAACCCAAGGUUGGCAAAGAUUCUAGAGGAGAUUGCUGUCGAUAAAGAGGUAAUCGUGGCUCUUGCAAACGCAAAUGUGAAAGCUAUGUUGGAGGUACAGAUUGCUAGCAUUAAGAGAGUGGGUAUAACAAACUACCUGGUUGUUGCAUUGGACGAUUACAUAGAGAAUUUCUGUAAAGAGAAAGAUGUUGCGUAUUACAAGAGAGAUCCAGACAAGGACGUGGACACUGUCGGGAAAAGCGGAGGUAACCAUGCCGUCUCUGGAUUGAAAUUCCGUGUGUUGAGAGAGUUCUUGCAACUCGGUUAUGGUGUUCUUCUCUCCGAUGUGGAUAUUGUCUUCUUGCAGAACCCAUUUAGUCAUCUAUACAGAGACUCUGAUGUGGAGUCAAUGAGUGAUGGCCAUAACAAUCAUACGGCUUAUGGAUUCAACGAUGUGUUUGAUGAACCAGCCAUGGGAUGGGCUCGGUAUGCUCACACUAUGAGGAUAUGGGUUUUCAAUUCGGGGUUUUUUUAUCUAAGGCCUACAAUUCCAUCAAUUGAGCUGCUUGAUCGCGUGGCAGAUAGACUCUCUAAGGCUAAAGUGUGGGACCAAGCGGUUUUCAACGAGGAACUGUUUUAUCCUUCACAUCCUAAUUAUACUGCGCUACAUGCAUCCAAGAGAGUCAUGGAUAUGUAUGAGUUUAUGAACAGUAAGGUCCUUUUCAAGACUGUAAGAAAGAAUCAUGAACUGAAGAAGAAAGUGAAACCGGUGAUUGUUCAUGUGAAUUACCAUCCAGAUAAGCUCAAUAGAAUGCAAGCCGUCGUUGAGUUCUACGUUAACGGUAAGCAAGACGCGCUUGAUAGCUUCCCAGAUGGUUCUGAAUGAUUCACUGAAAAGCAGAUAGGCUAAAACACUUUCCCAGUUUCUUGACAUUUGUGAUUCUAAUCUAUUUUUCCUUUAUUGUUUCCAUGUUCACUGCUUCAUGCCUUCUACUUUCUCCUUUGUAUUAUGAAUUUUUGUGUAUCUUAUGGCUAAAAAAAAUCGCAAGUCUUU